AUUCCAUAACCAGGCCGGCUCGUUUGGACUCUUGUUUUUUGUGGGUUAGGCUUAACGGGCACGGGAGCUCCACCUCGAAGCAUUCGAAAAAGGCGAGGGCGGCGAUGAGUACCGGCGGCGGAGAAAAGGGGAGUGGAGGCGGUGGCUCGGUGAAGACGCCGGCGGAUUUCCUCAAGUCGAUCCGAGGCCGUCCCGUCGUGGUUAAGCUCAACUCGGGGGUCGAUUACCGAGGUAUUCUUGCCUGUCUGGAUGGAUACAUGAAUAUUGCAAUGGAACAAACAGAGGAGUAUGUUAAUGGCCAGCUAAAAAACAAGUAUGGUGAUGCAUUUAUCAGGGGAAAUAAUGUUCUGUACAUAAGCACUUCAAAACGGACUCUUGCCGAAGGUGCUUGACAGUUCUCCAAAGUAUGACCUGUGUCUUCUGGAUCCAUCGACCGAGCUGAACUUUCUUGUUUUUGGAUUAAAUGUUUGAAGAAUUUUAUGGGCUGCUUCCUACGUUUGGUUAUUGUUCCUAGGGCAGUUCUUCCGUCAUAUUAUUCCUCUGUUAGAAAUUGGCACAUUAGUUUGGAUAAAAAGGGCAUCACCAAUACUACGUUUGACUC